GCCCUCGAUAUCCGUGCAAGGAGCAUAGCCACUAGUCCGCUGUCAUGGAGACACUGCCAACUUAUACCCUUCAGCCCUCGGUCUCAAAGGCUUGUGCUCGGUGUCACGCGAGGAAGGUCAAGUGCGACCAAAAGGUGCCACGCUGCGCAGCAUGCACUCGUCAAAAUGAGGAAUGCAACAUUACAGACUGUGUCUCGUAUCCUUACAGUGCAGUCCUUGCCUUGCAAACCGAGAUUGAACAUCUGAAAGCGAGGUUGCAACAGACACAAAUAGCAUCUGAGACAUAUAAAGACCCCCCGAGGGCAGAUAAUGGAUCCCGAUUUCCGAGACAAGCCUCUGAUGAGGACGUGAAUGGGUCGCUACCUGGAAAGGAAGCCGAGGAAGUCGGAGUCCUAUCCAUCGGCGGCCCUAGUCGCUUUACCCAAGAUCAAUAUGUGGGAAGCGCAGCAGGAUCAACCUUUGCACGCAUCUUCUUCAAGCAGCUCAAUCUGAAGGAAUCGGAACGGAACGGGAUGGACUUGGAUCCUCUACCAGACACCAUCGGCGCCUCGCUGCCACCGUGGGCAACAGCAAGGUUCCUUUUGUCGAGAUACAUUGCUCGCCUGCAUACCUGGUGGCCAUUCCUGCAGCUUCCAGUGCUUCGACGGCUUUUCCAGUCCAUGUAUGGGAAUCAUAGGGCGACCAGUAGCGCUGAUCGCUUCGUUGUGUUCAUGGUACUCACCCUCGCCAGCAGUGCAUCGCAGGACGACCCCGAGUACGGCGCCCUCCUAGACAUGAACGAGCCCAGGGCGUACUUUGACACUGCUCUUCGCUUCUUUGUGAGCUUCUACGACCAUCCGCGAGAUAUUUUUGGCAUACAGGCCGUGCUUCUACUCUCGAUUUGGAUGCUCAACUCAUCCUCCAGCAGUCACUGCAACGACCUUUGGCACUUGAGCCGCUAUGUCAUGUCCGCAGCGAUUGAGAGCGGAUUGCAUCGCCACAAUGCCGCUUGGGGCUUUUCUCCCGACGAGCUGGAGACACGGAAUCGCACUUGGUGGUGCAUCUAUGUUCUCGAGAGACAGGUUGCCGUUUUGACAGGCCGAGUGCUCUCGAUCAGGGACCACGCCAUCCAUGCGCUGCAACCGAAGCAGAGCAGCUUGGAUGUUUUGAGCGAAGGCGAGGCCAGCGUGGCUGCUAUUUUCCAUAAACAUAGUCUUCGACCCUUCGAGCUCAUGAUCCGUCUGCGUCAGUUAGCUGGCCGUGUGCUCGAGUCGGUUUACAUCGGCCGGGGACCAGAUGGCAAGGCGUACGCAACGUCGUUCCAGCAGAUCUACACGACAUCAGAAGAGUCACGGCGCGAGUUGAGCCAGUGGAAGCAUGAUCUCGAUAACUCUGAUCUAAAACCGUCGAGAGAAUACUCUGAGUUGAAAGUCGAGUACUGUCUUCUUGUGCUUCUGGUCAACCGACCCAGUCCUACGUUCAUGGUACCAUCCACGGCCAUGAUGACUGCGUGCUCCAAGACUGUAUCGAGCACGGUCCGUCAAUGGAUACAACUGCGCACCUCAUAUGGCCUGAGUGCGAUUUGCAGUAGUUUCAGGCAGCUCCACAAUGUCCUCAUAGUCGCUUUGGCUGCCUUGUACUGUGACUGGCGCCUCCUUUCGGUGUCUCAGGAACAUGGACUGGCCAGCGCAUCAAGCGAUGCACGACACUGGCACGACGUGGCAGCCUGUCUGGAUAUUCUGAGAGACGGUAUCCGACAGAUCAACAAACCAAGCCUGAGGAAAUACCAGGAGCUGCUGCAGAAGGUGAGGCUUACGGUGUACAACAGCCACCAAGGGCGCAGAAGUAGCAUGCCGCAACCUCUGGCGCAGCAUGAUGUUGGGUCAACGCCAAGUUUGGGUGGUCUUGACAUGAAUAUGGACACCUUCAGCCAAGGUGAUCAAGGCUUUGAGGCGUACAUUAACAAUGUCUCGACGUUCUUCGACGAAGGCACACUGGAUCUCGACCCAGCGCUGAGUAUAUGGUACGAUGCAAUCCGUGAGGAGAUUUGACGGCCCUGAUCCAGCUGGACUUUUGCGGUAUCCUGCACGAACCCCUCAUUCAAGGGCACUUGAAGUCACAUAUACAUCCCGCCACUUAUGUCUAUGAAACAAAGUCUCGCGGCCAGGUGCAUCGACUUCCACUCUGCCACGACGUCGUUGACGCUUGCUCAAGCAACAUCGAGUCAAGCCAAGUAUACCCAGAAGCGGCAUCUCCCCUGAAGAUCGGAACCUCGCAUCCGCCUUUUCCACCCGAACGCAAGGAUGCCGCCCUUCCACACUCAGUGUGCUCCAUGGGAGGCAGAUCAUUGGGGGGAGAAGUGGUACAAGGCCAACUUGGCAACCAAGACCCUUUCUACU